AUGCUUCAUUCGAUUAUAACAUUAACAUUAUGUUUAUCAUUUCUACCAAUAAUAUCAAGUCAAAAUUUAAAUGGAAUAUUUUUAAUUGAUUCAUGUAAAUGUAAUUCAUCAGCUGAAACAUGUGAACCAAGUGGACCAUUUAUAUUCAAUCAACAACGAGCAACUGUUGCUAUUCGAUAUGGUUCACAACAAGUUGGUAUUGGUUCAUUAGGAAAAAAUCAACUUGAUUUAUAUUUAAAUCAAAAUCGUUGUAAAGGUUUAUGGAAUGGAAAAACUCAUUCCGCAGAAUUAAAAUGUCAACAUAAAGGUGGAAUUAUGUGUACAACAAAUCUUCGUUGUUUAUCAGGUUUAUGUCUUGAUGAGACAAAAACAAUAAUUUCAUCAAGUUCAAUAAAAAGAAAUAUUUCUUAUCUAUUCAUGAUUAGUAUAUUAAUCAUGUUAGUUUAG